GAGGCUUUGUGGGGGUGCAACAACGAAACAGCCAAAGCUCCAUAGGUGUUUUGAAAGGAGCCAACCAGGGAGGGAGCAGCCCAGGUGAUCCUGAUGGCGAUGUCUUUUGUGCCCAGCCGAGCCCAUUUCCACUCCAUCGCCACUUGUGAACCCUUCUAUGCUAAAUCUCCCUUCCCUUUCCUUGUUUUUUUCUCCUCUCUUAACGGUGAUUAUUUAUUUUUUAUUUAUUACUUUAUUAUUGGAUAUGCCAUCCUUACACUCCACCCUCACUGCACUUCUUCUCCCUCUCCAACUCUUCUAAGCCCCUUUUCACUCGAUCCAACGUUUCUCUAAAUUUUCAAGAAGACAGAGACCAGCCCUGGGUGACUAUGUAAUUCAGUCCUGUCAGAGGAUGUGAUUGGAUUUGGAUUGGCUGCUGGUCAAGUUCUUUUUGGUUUUGCAAACGUGAUCUUCGGUCUUAGUCAUGGACACUCGCAGCGAUGCAGAAAGCAGUUCCUUUUUAAGUUUGUCCGCGGCCUUGUCAUAUGGGAUUGCUUCGAUGGCCAUGGUUUUCAUCAAUAAGGCAAUUCUUAUGCAGUAUGCGCACUCCAUGACCCUUCUCACUGUGCAGCAAUUGGCGACUGCCUUGCUCAUUCACUUUGGCCGGCAAGUGGGUUACUCAAAAGCUAAAGGGAUUGAUAUCACGACAGCUAAAAGGCUUCUCCCUAUUUCUUUAUUUUACAAUGCUAAUGUGGCAUUUGCUCUUGCAAGCUUGAAAGGCGUUAACAUUCCUAUGUAUAUUGCUAUAAAGAGGCUCACACCACUUGCUGUGCUCAUUGCUGGAUUCUUUUCAGGAAAGGGAAAGCCUACAACUCAGGUGACCCUUUCAGUACUUUUGACUGCUGCAGGAGUUAUUGUAGCUGCAAUGGGAGAUUUUUCUUUUGACCUUUUCGGAUACAGCAUGGCCCUAACUUCUGUGUUUUUCCAGACCAUGUACCUUGUGUUGGUGGAGAAGUCUGGUGCAGAGGAUGGGCUUUCUUCAGUGGAGAUAAUGUUCUAUAACAGUUUUCUUUCUCUUCCAUUUUUGCUGUUUCUCAUCAUAGCGACAGGAGAGUUUCCAAAUUCUUUGUCAAUAUUAUUUGCAAAGAGCAAUUCUUUCUCUUUUUUGGUGAUCCUGCUUCUUUCAUUGGUUAUGGGCAUUGCCCUUAACUACACCAUGUUUUUGUGUACCAUAGUUAACUCUGCUCUUACUACAACCAUUGUUGGAGUACUCAAAGGCGUAGGGUCCACGACGCUUGGUUUCAUAUUACUCGGUGGGGUGCAAGUACAUGCUUUGAACGUUACCGGAUUGGUUAUCAACACGGCUGGUGGUGUGUGGUAUUCAUAUGCCAAAUAUAAUCAAAAGAAGAAAAAACCACCAAAACUGAUGCUGGAUCUGGAGGCUCAUCGAAAGUAAACCAACGUCGAGGGUUCCUACAAGGUUUCUAACUCCUGGUUUCUUUUCCAAGUUUCCAAUCCUGUCAUUCAUCAAAUGGAUCAUGAAUUGAUUAUUUAUCAAUCUUCCAUUCCUUAAGCGUAUUGAUUUAGUAGGAGAAUUGUCUUAAAUUAGCACUCAAGAACCCAACUCUUCCAAGUAAGGGAGGUUCGGCAGGGGCAAAGAAAAGCAACAAAAGGAUAUAGAAGGGAACAUGGUCUAUAAUAAUAUUGAUACAUUUAUUGCAUGCAUUCCCUCCUAUUGUGACUUGAUGCAACUUGUAUGCUGUCCCCACGUUUGCCUUGGGAUCAUAUCAUCAUGGAUAAUGUAUUCAUUUACUUACCUAACUCUUGCAGCAGAAAAAUCUGGAAGGGUAUCAACCCCAAUAAUUGUAGUAAUUCUUUACCUGUUACA